UUCACGUCUCCGUCCUGUACUACUACAAAGAAAGGUGGAAGAGAUAUAUAUGGCUCAAUGCCUCAUGGUGUCCCGGGAGGAUAAGCCUCGGAAUAUUUGAGGAACCCGGACGCGCGACGUGUGCUGUACUGUUGUCCGGUUCAGGACGUUUCGAGUGCAUCAUCGUUCAAUUCACGGGGACGAAGAUAUCACCAAACUAAACAAUGAGAAGGUGCGUACGAGCACAGCUGUAGAUAAGCGUCUAGGUCGACUCCAGAACCAUUUGCUAUGAGUGAAUGACGAGAUAUUCAUAUCCUUGGUGGGCUCGACAAAUCUGGACCAUCUCUUACAGAUCCGAGCAUCGAGUUAGUCCAAGUGGCCUUGCGGUCCUCCUGCAAGCAGAGCAAGUCCACACGCUAUAAAUGUGGCUAUCGUAUAGCCUCGAAGCGGCUCGUUCGUGGUGACCUCCGGGCAGCAAAGCCAGAUAGCUCCACCACCACCGCCGCAGAUUGUCGGCCGUAGGAGAGAGGGCAUGGUGGGAACCUCCUCCUGGCUGUCGUCCUCGUCGUGUACGUCGUCACUCGGCUCUCUCGACGAAGACGUCUUCGCGGUCUCGUGCGCCGUCAAUACGGCCAACGCGGCCGCCGAGGGAAGCGUUAAGUUCCUCUGCAGCUACGGCGGAAAGAUCCUCCCUCGUCACGGCGAUGGCGCGCUGCGCUACGUCGGCGGGGACAACCGCGUCGUCUCCGUCGACCGCUCCCUCCCUUUCUACGAGCUGCAGCGGAAGCUAAGGGAGAUGUGCGGGUGGGAGGCGGUGUGCGUACGGUGCCAGCUUCCGACGGAGGACCUGGACGCGCUCAUCUCCGUCACGACCGACGACGACCUCACCAACCUGCUAGACGAGUACGACGCGGCCAGCCGGGACCGCCUCCAGCCGCUGAAGAUCCGGGCGUUCCUCUUCCCAAGGACGACGACCACGCCGCCGCCACUCUCGCGCAGCCCGCCGCCAUUCUCUCGGUCGUCCUCCCUGUCUAGGACGACCGUGCCCCAUGCCCACUACCACCACCAUACUCGCAGUGCGCCCUCGUGCGCAUCCCGGUGGGCAGCACACCAGGCGUCGUCGCCUCCCGCUCGUGUUCUGCAACAGCAGCAGAACUACGACCUACACGGUGGCGAGAUGCGGACGCACCGGUACCUGGUGCACAGUGCAAAUCAACGGUAAUAGUGAUCAGAUAUUCAGAUUGAGAACCGGGCGUUGUCUUGCAUCAAUCUACCAACCCUCACAUUACACGUAACCCUGCCCUGUACGCUACGUAAAAAAAAAAUCGAAAACAUAUAUUUUUUUCUCCUGUUUUGCGCAUAUAUAUAUGCGCUCUAACGCGCGGCACGGAGCAUACUAAAUUGUUCUUAUUGGUUAAUCCUAAUCUAUCCACUAAAUUCUUUCAGUUGCCAAAUACCACAAAGGUUAGUCCAUCCAUCUAAUUAUUUUAACGUGUUCUCCAAAAAAACACACACACACAACCAUGUAUAUUUUUUAGACAUGAAUUGAUUUUUUCUCUCUUAAUCAUUUGGUUCUCCAAAUUAAGAUGUAUAACAGAAAACAAUCUAAACCUAUGUGAACAAAAUAUAGAAACAUAAUUGAGGUUUUUUUUCUCUUAUACUGGAAUUAAGAUAAUUAAAUGGAUAGACUACCAAGACAACAAAGACAACAUUUGCACGGCGGCAGCGGACGGUGGUUUGUAGAAAUGAAGAAAAUCGAGUGGACGGAGGACUAUAAGAGCAUCCCCAACAACUAAUUUUUCACAUCCUCUAUUUUAAAAAUAGAGGACGAAGACUAUAAAUUAAGCUCCAACAGAACGGUCAUCUUAUCAUCUAUUUUUGACCUUUCUAUUUGGAUGAUAUCUCUCCAUCCUCCAAAGAGAUAUAGAGAAUAUCAUAUAUAGAUGAUCUGGUGGAGUAAAAAAGAUAUGAAGGAUAAAACUAUUUUAGAUGAUCAUCCAAAUGAAGAUAUGGAUCAUCAAAUUUAGAUGAGCCAUUCGGAUGCUCUAACUAAUGAGGGAAUCUAGUCAGCAGUGCCGGCAUGUGUGGUAACCAAUGAGAGGAGAAUCUAGUUCGUGACAUGAGUGGUGGAGUGUGGUAUGCCGUUGUACCAUCUAGUAGGGCUCUAAGGCACUAGAACGGAAUCGGUUAUCUCUAACGGGUUUAAAGUAUUAUCUCUAUCGGGCAUGACCCUCGUCAUUGAGCAAAAGUCAGUGAUGUGAGAAAAUAUCUCAAUCAGACAUCAGAUUGUCACGGAUGAUACUCAUCUCAAUCGGGCCUAGAUUAUGGUCCAUCACAGAUGACUCUCAUAUCUGACGAACCUAGAUUAUGACCUGUCACAGAUAAGUUAAAUCCGAAAAAAUAAAUUUUGUCAUCUGUGUGCCUUUGGUUAUCUCUAACGGGUAUUUGGUUAGUCUUUGCCCUCACUCGUAUCCUUCUUGAUGGGUCACCCAUCCGGAAAUUGCUCUAGGCCAAUAAAACUUAACCUCAUAGUUCUUUGAAGAUUGCUUGCGAGAAAAAAAUUGUAAUUUGUUGAUAUAAGUAUUCUAUUAAUUCUAUUAACCUCUA